AACCUAACGAACGAGUGUGGAGGGAUAGAACGGGGAAGCAGGUGAAAAGCUUAGGAUAAAAAAGGGUACGAGGAUAACUUAUUAUGACUAUGAGGAAUAUGGGUUUUUGCAGAGCUGGCAGUUAACGUUUCAUGGAUUGGCUCCUUCUGCAUCUCAUAUCCACACCACACUCACAUGUACAUCAAUCCAUACCAGUUACUAUUCUCUCUCUCCCUCCCUCUCUCUUUACAGAUAUAUCACUCUCACAGCAGUUAGCUGCUGCCAUCUCCCCAACCCAGUCCCUCUCAUUGUUUCUUCAUUUUGUUGUUCUUACAUUUAUUCCCUCCAUUAAAGCUCUUGUACUACCCCUCUCUCUCUCUCUCUCUCUCUCUAUAUAUAUAUAUAUAUAUAUACACACACACACACACACAUAUAUAUACCUUGUGCAGAUAUAGUGAGAGAAAGCGGAGACUUACUGGAGAGAAGAAAUGCCUUUGGUGAGGGUUCAGGUGAGGAACGAGUACGGCUUGGGACAGCCCCAGCUGUACACAGAGGUGGACAGAGAAGACCCCAAGGCGGUGCUCGAUGGAGUGGCUGUAGCUGGACUUGUUGGGAUCUUGCGCCAAUUGGGCGAUCUUGCUGAAUUUGCUGCAGAGGUUUUUCAUGGCUUACAGGAGCAAGUGAUGAGUACAUCUUCUAGAAGCCAUAAAUUAAUGGUUCGCCUACAAGGCUUUGAAACUGCAUUUUCUCCUCUUGAGAAGGGCAUUAUGGCCCAAAAGAGCCACUUACAUUUUGCUUACACAGCUGGUACUGUCAAGCAUCCUCAUCUCCAAAAUGAACAAAAUCAGUUUAUAUAUGGUGACUUGCCACAUUUUGUAAUGGAUUCUUAUGAAGAAUGUCGUCAUCCUCCUUGUCUACAUUUGCUUGACAAAUUUGACAGUGGUGGCCCAGGAUCUUGCUUAAAGAGAUACUCAGAUCCGACUUUCUUUAGAAGGGCAUCCACCAUCACUGGUGAAGGAAAUGUUGGGAGAGCCUCUAAAGAUGGGAAGGCUCGUCAAAGCAAGACAAAGAUAAGGAGGAACAGAGUUUGCCUUGGUUCAUCAGUAUCCAAUCAUAGUGACAGGACUCGAUCUACUUCUGUACAAGUUGAUGGGCAUUCUGUGUCCCCAUUUGAUGUCAGAUUGAAAUCUGACCUGGGAGACAGGUAUAAUUCUUUUGAUUCAAGAACUGGGUCAAGCUAUGCACAGCAUGUUUCCAAUUUGAAUUACUACAUGGUACCUGAAGAACGUGAACCUAAAGAUUCAUCCUUUUCCAGUUUAAGAAUGCACCAUAAUGACUGCACGUACUCAGCUUCUGUUGACACAAAUAAUGGAGUUGCACAUGAAGAUUUUCCACAAAGUGUAUCACAGGAGAAAACUGGCCCUCUUCCAUCAUGUGUUAAUUGGGAUGAAAAGACAGAAAAAGCAGAGCCUUCAGGUCAACUGUUUGAUCAUGACGAAACUGCAGAAAUGCUCACAGAAAACUUUAGCCGAGAUGCUCAAAAGAAGGGAGAAGAAAACUUUAGAAGUGUUGAUCAAAGGAAUUUUCACUUUGACAAUAAAGACACAACAUCAUCAAUCUCUGGCCAGAAUCAGCCUGAUGAUGUUGAAAGUGAACCAGAUAAGUACAUGGAUGCCCUUAACACCAUUGAAUCAGAAUCUGAAACUGAUAAAGGAAGACGAAUAAAGAAGGAUGUGGAGCACUAUUCCAAUUCCAAUGAUGAUCAAAUACAAGAUGGAGCACAUGGUCUCACAGGGCAUUACUCGGAAAUGCAGCCAUCAGAAGUUGAAUCUUGUGCUGCAGCUUACGGUUCCUCAAACAUUUUAACAUCCUCUUAUAGACUUUCCAGUUUUAAUCAUCAAGGAGCACAAAACAUUGGGCAUGGACGGUCAUCAUAUCAUCCUGGCAUUCGACCAUCAAACAUGGAAGUAUGUCCUGCAGCUUACAGUUCAUCAAUCAUUGAAAUGCCCUUUGAUAAACCUAAUUCUGUGUCCUCGCUGGUGUAUGCUUAUGAAGCUUUAUCUCAAAUGGCGAAAGAGACUUCUGAUAUGAGAAAUUAUCAAGGCAUGGACUUUCAUAGAAAUGACGAGAUUCUUGAUGGCUCAAAUGAAGAAUCUGUUGUCAGCAGUUUACUGCACCCUAGCUCCUUAGAAACUAAUCCAAAGUCUACAAGUGAUCAGAUUAUUUGCACUUCCUAUGGAUCUGACAAGUCUAGGAUGGAGCAUUCUGGUGUCCAAUCAGUUAAAUUCUGGACAAAUGGGGGCCUACUAGGACUUGAGCCAUCAAAGCCUCUAGAUUUCAGCCUAGCAAAGCCUGUAACUCAGGAAUCUGCAACCAGAACUGAAGAUGACAUAAGUCCUUCAAAUCAAAGCAGCACUUUUAAUAGUGAUGGAGAUGGAAGAAACCCAGAUAAGUUCAUCUGGAGCUCUAAAAGUAUUGAUCGGAAUUCUUCUAGUCCCUCCAUGUCGUGCCCCCGUGAUCAAGAUGCUAUGUCUAAUAAAAAAAUAUCCUGGAAAUUUUCACCAACUGAAGCAGGCACCAAUCACAAACGUUAUGAUGAUUCUCAUCAUAGUAGAGUUAUCAAUGAUCUUGAGCAUAGUUUGAAAGGAAGCAGUGCAGCUAUACAUGAGGCUGAGCAGACAGUCACUGCUAAUGUGAAAGCUACAUCUCCUGGAGAAAGUCAGAGCGGGGGUGAAAAUGCAUCUCAGGUCUUUGGACUAAGCAAUGGCUUCCUUGGAAGUGAUUUUCAAAGAAAAGCUUUAGUUGUUCAUGAUGAGAAGGCUGAACUUCCUUCCUUCAGGAAAACUGGUGUCCAUGUGCCAAACAGAAGGAACCACAUUGCAGCAUAUCAAACACCAUCAGAGAAGACUUUCGAGGAGAAUCUUGGAAGUGGGUCUCCUAUAAAUUCACCUUGUUCUUCACCACCACUGCAGCAUAUGAAGAUUUCUUUCCAGCCUAUAAAUGGUUUUGAGACUUCCAAACUAAAACUAAAACUUCCCAAUAUGAUUUACCUUCAUGGAAGCAGCGGAGAUAUGUUACCUUCAUUUCAAUUAGUCCCAGAGUCCACUGAUUCACGUGACAAUGAUUCGGACUCAGAUGAUGAUACAUUUUGUAGAUCAUCUUCAUAUAUUUCGGAUGACUGUCUUAGCCAUCACUCAGAUUCAAAUUCUGAGCAAUGGGAAUCUGAUGAUACCCCACCAUGCAAAGAUGAGCUAUGUGACACUUUACACAGAAUCUCAUCAACAGAAUCUGCUUCAAGAUCUGUGGGGCUUGGCAGAACAGGAAAUGGACGUUUUAAUGCAGACCCUAGACUUCAAAGUCCAUAUGUUGAAACUUGUCCUGAAUCUGGUCAAUCAUCUGAUCUUCCAAGUUUGAGCACUCUAAACCCUUUAUUUGAGAAAGAAAUGAAAACUGGUUCUGAUGCAAAGGAUUUGCUAGAGUCCCUCCUUCCCAAGGAGACGACACCAUCACCUCCACCACUACCUCCACUACAAUGGCGGGUUACAAAAUCCCAGUCAGAUGUGACCACUGGCAAACUAGAUUCCAUGUCCAAUGCCUUGAAUCAUGCAUUUGAUAUGAAGGCUAUGGAAUCUACCAUCUCUCCUGAAUCUUGCCCAAUCCCAGUCAAGCCACAACAAAAUACUGACAAGGCCAUUACAUUCACACCUAAAAAGCAGCCUGAAGCACACAAAUUAAAUUUAGAGAAUCACGUUAAUCAGGCUAUCAAUUACAAGAGCAUUGAUGAAAAGGAAGAUUUUCUGCAUCAGAUUAGAACCAAAUCAUUCAGCCUGAGGCGCACCGUGACAGAAAAGCAAACUGAUACACCAGCGCACACUGCCAGUGACAAGGUUGUAGCAAUUUUAGUGAAGGCAAAUGCAAUUCGCCAGGCUGUUGGAAGCGAUGAUUGUGACGACGAAGAUGGUUGGAGUGAAGCUUGAUUUCCUUUAGAUGUUACUGUCCCAAGCCAUGGCGAAACCAUCCCCUUGAAUCCUUCAUCUUUGCCGUCAUUAGCUUUAAGCGUUUAAUUACGUGUAUCUUUUAUGAGGUUAGAUGCUCGUGUUGUGUUAUAUAUGCAUAAUAAUAGCUGAGGCUGAGAAAUAUACAGGAAUAGUUCUUCUUCUCGGGUCCCAUGCAUAUUCUUUUAUUUUGAAUUUAACUAACGAUUCCUGAUGCCUAUAAUAAACAAUAAUCUUAGAACU